AUGCUUCGCAAGGCAUUCAGAUACCUAGUGCCGGUACGAUGCAAGUCUAAUAGUUCAAUAGCAGGUGCAUCUACAGCAGGGACAUCUCCUUCUCUACCACAGACUUUGCAACGGCGGAUUGAAGAAAUACCAUUGGAGAGAUACAGGAACUUCAGUAUAGUGGCGCAUGUCGACCACGGGAAAUCGACACUGAGUGACCGCCUGCUGGAACUGACAGGUGUGGUGAAGCCCGGGGCAAAGCAGGUGCUGGACAAACUGGAAGUGGAGCGGGAACGGGGCAUCACGGUUAAAGCGCAGACGUGUUCGAUGUUUUACCACGACAAGCGGACUGGUCUGGACUAUCUGCUGCACCUUGUGGAUACUCCAGGGCACGUGGACUUCCGCUCGGAGGUUUCGCGCUCGUAUGCUUCCUGCGGCGGAGCACUGCUGUUGGUGGACGCAUCGCAGGGUGUUCAGGCGCAGACUGUUGCCAACUUCUACUUGGCAUAUAGCAUGAACCUCAAGCUGCUGCCGGUGAUCAACAAGAUUGACCUUUCCGUGGCUAACAUAGCCCAAGCAGAAGAUCAGGUGGAGGAUAUGUUUGAACUGCCACGAGAGGACAUAGUGCGUGUCAGUGCCAAGACUGGAUUGAACGUGGCUGAUCUGCUCCCAGCAAUUGUCGACCGGAUUCCGCCUCCCACGGGCUAUGUAGAGAAACCCUUCAGAGCACUGCUGGUCGAUUCGUGGUAUGACUCGUAUUUGGGCGUGGUCCUGCUGGUUUACUGCGUUGAUGGUAUGGUCAAGAAAGGCGACAAGAUAGUAAGUGCUCACACCUCUAACAAGUAUGAGGUCAAAGAAGUUGGCAUAAUGUACCCAGAGCGUGUUGCCACGGGCAAGCUUUCGACGGGUCAAGUCGGGUACCUGGUACCUGGGUUCAAGAAUUCACGGGAUGCAAAAAUUGGAGACACAUUAAUGCAUCAAGGUCGGGAAUCGGAGACAGAGGUGCUACCGGGCUUUGAGGAGCAGAAACCAAUGGUGUUUGUGGGUGCAUUUCCCGCGGAUGGUGCUGAGUUCAAGGCGCUGGAUGAUGAUAUACAGAGAUUGGUGUUGAAUGACAGAUCUGUUACGCUGCAGCGCGAAACCUCCAAUGCUCUGGGCCAAGGUUGGCGGCUGGGAUUCUUGGGCUCACUGCAUGCUUCGGUUUUCAAGGAACGACUGGAGAAUGAAUACGGCUCGAAACUCAUUAUCACACAACCCACUGUUCCAUAUGUCGUGGAGUACUCCGAUGGGACCCAGAUAACAGUAACAAAUCCAGAUGACUUUCCUGACCUGACACUUCGGCGAACCAAGAUAAAGAAUUUCCAGGAGCCAUAUGUAGAAGCUAUAAUGACUCUUCCACAGGAUUAUCUCGGAAGGGUUAUCACUCUCUGCGACGACAACCGUGGCAUACAGAAAGAGAUAACGUACAUUAACACCACGGGGCAAGUGAUGCUGAAAUAUGAUAUCCCAUUGGCACAUCUAGUAGACGACUUUUUUGGUAAGCUCAAGUCUGUCACGCAUGGUUAUGCUUCCCUAGACUACGAGGAUGCAGGCUAUAAGCCGUCUGACAUUGUCAAGAUGGAGUUGCUUGUAAAUGGAAAAGGUGUGGAUGCACUUGCACAAGUGAUGCAUCGCUCCCAAACCGAACGAGUGGCCAAAGAAUGGGUUAGGAAGUUCAAGCAAUAUGUCAAAUCCCAGUUAUACGAGGUGGUUAUCCAGGCCAAAGCCAACAAUAAAGUGUUAGCCAGGGAAACCAUAAAAGCACGGCGUAAGGACGUGCUUGCAAAGCUACAUGCUUCAGACGUGUCUCGUCGGAAGAAACUACUGGUAAAGCAGAAAGAGGGCAAGAAGCAGAUGAGAUCCAUCGGUAAUGUUCAUAUAGACCAGGAAGCAUACCAGGCGUUCCUGCGGAAGUAG